AUGCCCACUUUUACUCUUCUUCUUUCUGCGGUGGCCCUCUCCCUUGCCAGCCAAUCCAUGGCGGACACGGUAGUCAUGGUCAACGGCGUCACCUUCACCGGCGAUGCCCAGGCUGAAAGCGGCAACAACAGACUUGUCGGCACGAAAUGCCCAGGCGUGCUGCAAGUUACUGGCGACAACGACGAUCACUGCUGCGUCGGCGGGACCUUGAACCUCAGCACCUGCGAGGGCUGGCCACUCUGCAGUGGCCCUCAUACUGCCGCCCCCGAGCCUACAUCUAUCAGCUGCGCUACUAAAAUCCCUCUGACGGCUAACAACUACUCCUCCUUGAUUGAGAGUGCAAGCUCCCGGUACUUAAAGGCCAGUGGUGAGGCUGAGCCUUCAUCUACGGGUGAAAGUUCCAUGCCGUCAGCGACCAGCACCAAGAAAACCGACACCGAGGGCACCAGCACCGAGGGCACCACCACUGAGGGCACCACCACCGAGGGCGCAAAUGAUCAGGAGGGUUUAACGAAUUCAGGCGCCAGUCCUACCGAGACAGGCAAUGGAUCAACUAUUGAAAAGGUUCCCGGUCUGAUAGUCAGCCUUGUUGGGGGCGUUUUGGCCUUGUGGAUGUCAAUGUAA